AUGAGGCACCUCGUCUGGCUGCUGUUCCUCCCAGUUUGGCACCGGAAGUGCCCGGCCAGCCUGCCCCUCGCUGCCAUCUCUGUCACUCUGCUGCUUCCAGGCUUCCUCUGUCAAUGUGACCCACCUGUCGAGGUCCCUGAGUCCCUGAUCGCUUGGACGGGGGCCUGUCUGUCCAUCCCGUGCCGCUAUCGAUCCUGUGUCGUGACCCCCAUAAGGACAGACAAACUGAUCAUCAGCUCCCUGACCUGGUACCUGAACCCUGUGUAUGACUCUGAGAAGAAAGAUUUCAGUGGCACCGUCCUGUAUAAACACAAAGCCGCCAUCAGCCCGGCCUUCGCAGGGCGCGUGAGGUUCCUGGGGGACCUGGAGAAAGAUUGCAGCCUGCAGCUGUCUGACCUGCGGGCCAGUGAGAACGGCUCGUAUGGGCUGAGACUGAUCGUCUCGAACCCCAGGCAGAAGCAGGAAGAGAAGAAGUGGAUGACUAGGAUCAGUGUGAACGUGACGGAUUCGCCUCCAGCUCCUAAAAUCCAAGCACCCGGCGAGCUCAGGGAGUCAAUCCCAGCCCAGGCAGUUUGCUCCAUAGCCUAUUACUGCCUCAACUACCCCAUAACCCUGACGUGGGUCGGUUUGGGGCAUGGGACCCCUGAGCCCACCACAAGGAUGGAGAGUGGAAGGACUCAGAGCUCACUGACUUUCACGCCCACCUGGGAGGACCAUGGGACAAGUUUAACCUGUCGGCUCAGCACCCCGGCUGGGACACCGAGCUCCGAGAGCAGCGUGGUGCUGGACGUGAAAUAUGCCCCUAAGGGAGUCCAGGUGAAAGCGACACCCGGAGGGACCAUCCGAGAGGGGGACAGACUCGUGCUGAUGUGCUUAACCAACAGCAGCAACCCCCCCGUCUCCACAUACAACUGGUAUAAGGACACAGAGUGGCUGCACCAGGAGCAGAGGCUGGAGUUUGAAGCCAAGGGGGACGAGCAUUCUGGUUCCUAUCACUGCCAAGCCACCAAUGAAAUACGCACGGUCCCAUCCCCAGCGCUGCGGAUAGAUGUUCAGUACGCCCCAAAGGAUGUGCAUGUUGAACUGGUGACCGGCUCUCCAAUCCAGGAAGGGACCACGGUUGUGCUCAAAUGCUCCUGCAGGGCUCAUCCGCCCGUCAGCAACUACACAUGGUACAGAAACGGGCAGCACAUCCCAGAACAAACCCAGCAGGAGCUUCGCUUCGACAAGAUCCAUCCCAACCAGUCCGGUUCCUACCACUGCGAGCCUCAGAACAGAGUUGGGAUGUCGGAGUCGCCGGCCAUUACAGUCGACGUACAGUACCCCCCCAAGGGGGUACGAAUCACCCUUGAAAACCCCCCGCGCAUCCGAGAAGGCGACGCGGUGACGCUGAACUGCUCCGUGAGCAGCAGUAACCCCCCGGUGACCAAGUACACGUGGUACAAGGAUAACAGCCGGUAUCAGGAGACCCAGGAGAGCGUCCUGACCUUCCCUGCCACAGAGGAGCGGUCCGGUAGCUACAGCUGUGAGGCUCAGAACGCGAUCGGCUAUAGACAGUCUCCGCCUGUCUCAGUGGAUGUGCAGUACGCGCCCCAGCACGUUGCCGUGGUGCGGCAGCCAUCAGGGUCCAUCAAGGAGGGCGAGGCCGUGACCCUGGAGUGCUCCGUGGGCAGCGCCAACCCCUCUGCCCUGCACUACGCCUGGUACAAGGACGGGGAGCCGCAGGGCGAGAACUCCAGGAGGCUGCAGCUGGCGGCCGUGGUGUCGGCUGAUUCGGGCCAGUACCGGUGUGAGGCUAAGAAUGACGUGGGCACCACCCGUGCUGAGCCCAUCCCGCUGGAUGUCUGGUAUGGCCCCCGGGAUGUACAGCUCUCCGUGGCCCCACAGGGGCGGAUUGUGGAGGGGAUGGAGGUGAUGCUGCGGUGCUGGGCCGAUGCCCGUCCGUCCGUGCUGGGCUACGACUGGUACCGGGACGGCCGACUGCAGGAGCGGCAGGAGCGGCAGAGCCAGGCCGUGCUGAGCAUCCUGGCUGUGAAGGUGGAGGCGUCCGGGCACUACCACUGUCGGGCCAGAAACCAGAUCUCCUACGGGGACUCCUCGCCCAUCCACCUCACCGUCUACUGGAGCUCCAUGACUAUAGCCAAGAACGCGGCUCUAGGGAUCGGUGUGGUGGUAGCGUUUAUCCCCCUGCUACUGGUGCUGAUCUUCACCCUCAGGCGAUGGAGGAAGCGGCGUCUUCCCGAGCUGGUUGUGGCACCUCUGGGCAGGCGAAGGGGAUUGUUCUUGCCUAGGAGACGGGAACCUUUGAAAACCCAUCGGCCCGCCAGCUCGGUGGGGUGCCUGAAUGGAGUAUCCGGAGAUGCUGUCAAUUAUGCUACACUCCAGUUCCCACCCAGCCACCCCCAGGGGCCAACCGCCCCUGCCAGUGUGCCAGGAAACUCGAAGCAGCGAGUGAAGCCAGGGCCCCCGGAUGAAACUGUUAUUUACAGUGUGGUGAAGAAACCAAACCUGCCACCCAAGGGCGAAGCGAAGGGCGACUACGAGAACAUGGGGGCCCGGCCGGAGGAGGAGGAGGAGCUAAACUACUGCACCCUGGUGCUGCCGCCGCGCACCCGGGCCCCACGUGGCCGCUGGGAGUUCGAGUCGGACUCGGAGUCGGAGGCGAGCGUGCAGUACGCGGCCCUGAGGCACUGACCUUCCCCGGACGGGGCCGGCUCCCCACUGGCCACGGAGCCCAGCCACGGACCCACGGAGCCUGGCCACAGACCCACGGAGCCCAGCCACGGACCCACGGAGCCUGGCCACAGACCCACGGAGCCCAGCCAUGGACCCACGGAGCCUGGCUACAGACCCAUAGAGCCUGGCCACGGACCCACGGAGCCUGGCCACAGACCCACGGAGCCCAGCCAUGGACCCACGGAGCCCGGCCAUAUACCCACGGAGCCCGGCCACGGACCCUCGGAGCCUGGCCACGGACCCACGGACCCCGGCCAUGGACCCACGGAGCCUGGCCAUAGACUCACAGAGCCUAGCUAUGGACCCGCGGAGCCCAGCCAUGGACCCACAGAGUCUGGCUAUGGACCCACGGAGCCCGGCCAUGGACCCGUGGAGCCCGGCCAUGGACCCACAGAGCCUGGCUAUAGACCCACAGGGCUGGGCCAUGGACCCACAGGGUGUGGCCCCGAGCCACUCUGGACUCUCAGCCCCAGCUGAGCUCUGGAGGCCAGGCCCCUCCUAGAGACCCAGAGCCUGUGGGGGAUGGGGGAGGGUCAGUGGCUCUAGCGCUGGAUCUGGACAGGGGAGCAGAGCGGGGGCAGGGCGGGCAGAGUCUGUGCAGCUAGCGCUAAACACGGGAGAUGUGACGCAGGGGCCAGGGAUGGGGUGUCCCCGCCAGCAGGGGGCAACACACACACACACACACACACACAC